UAGAGGUAACCUGUGGUAAAUCUCGUCUCAACGAGGUGAGGGAGAAUGAUACCCAGAAUGACAAUGACAAUGACAAUGAUAAUUUAUUCGGCCUCUGUGUGACAAGCAGCGGCUUUCCCCGCUCCUUUUCCUCGCUGCUGCGAGGCCUGCGGCUCCCCCCGCCCGCUGUGGAGCCCCCAGGUGUGUGGGUGUGUGCAGCCGCACCGAGCUCAGGAAAUGCGGGCACCCAAUUACUCAUGUUUUAAUGUACAGUUUAAGUAAAAAUACGGCAAAACCUAGGCGUCAUCACUGGCAUCUUCCACCCGACUGACAGAUGAUUUAACCGAGGCAAACGCUCCGCGAUUAUCUCGUUCCCGAGCCGUCGGAUACAAACGCACUAAUUAAUUUGAAUUAACUGGCACCCUUAUAACUCAAGCUUAAAGGUGCGAGUGCAGAUAACGUGCUGCAUCUGUAAAAGCCUAGCCGUGAUCGACCGGCGCCUGUGAAGGGCACCCCUCAGCCCUCGCCCCCCGCUCCUAGCGGCUCCUGAGGAGAAGCAGAAGGGCUCUGACAGAGGCGGGAAAGCCUCGCCCCCAAUAUCUCCUGAGGAGAGGCAGAAAGGGACGGGGGAGCUGAGGGAGGGAGGGACAACGUCGUGGGGAUCUUAUGGUGGGCUGAGUGCGGCAGGAGCCGCGGCGUUGAGGUGUAAACGUGAGGGGAAAGGCGAGCCUCGCCGGUGCCCCGCAGCAGAGCGGGUUCUCCUCAGGCCCCCGCCCCGCAGACGCCCGAGGGCGGCGGGGGCGGGGAGGCGGCGCGGAGCGGUUGGUAAAGGCGGGCGGUUCAAACCCAAGCGAGGGAAAGCAGCGGCGGUGGCUGCACGCGAGGAGCCGCUUGGCUUCCCUCCACCCACAGCGCCUCCUCACUAAGGGCAACGGGCUCCGGAGCCGGGCGGCGAGCCGCUGAGGCGGCAGGAUCCCCGCCUUCUCCAGCCAGCCAGCCGGGGGCGAGUUGGGGCGUCGCCUUCGCCUCCCCUCAGGGAGCCCCGCCGGUCUCCUCGGGGGGCAGGGGGCCGCUGUCUCUGCCCGGCGGUUUGCCCCAUGAGGAGGUGAAGCUGUUGCUUUGCUCGUGUCCGGCAUUUCAGGUGACCGAGAGACCCCCAAGCGCUGCUCCCUAAGUAGUCGUCAGUUGUCUUCAUCGCUGGGUUGUCGGUAGGGGUAAAUUAUACUUUGAAUACGGUACCUUCGCUUUGGAAGAUCUCAAAUUGCUUCGCAAAUUAGGAGCCAAAGUGCCAAGCAGAAGAUGUCAGACAGUCAUUCAAUAACGUUCAAUUUUCUGAAAAGAAAUAGACUAACAUCUCCCAGCAGCAAUUUUAGAUACUCCAAUUUUAAAGACACCUGUUCCCCUUCAGUAUUUAUGGACAGCAGAUGCAAUGAUCCUGAAGCAGAACAUAAAGAAGCACCGAGUGCAACAAGUAUAUCUUCUCUACAAGAGCAUUCUGACCAUAUUCACCCAAACAGCCUCUGGUCCGUGUCAUCAUCUAUUGAAAAAGAAAUGAAUUCUAUCUCCUUAUCAGAAAGAAGAGAAGCAAAUAGAAGUACAGAUAUUUUUGAAACUCCUAAAGUGAGUAGAAAAGGCUCCUCGCUACGCAGGAGACUGCUUUUAUCCAAGGCUGCUCCAGCUGGCACACCUGUAGGAUCCUGUGAAAGACAAGCUGGCUCUUCAGGAAGCGGCAGGAAAAAACUAUUCUCUUGUGUUUUGAGCUCUGAAGAAAAACCUUCACAAAUUGCCUCAGGUUCUUCAAAAGAAAACAGUUGCAAACGCCUGACAACUAGCACCUCAGAAACUGAGGACUCUAGUCCUAAUUGCCCCAAACGGAGACUGUCCUUUUCUCAACAAAGGACUUCUACGCUAGAUGAGUCCAAAAGUAAAGACCCCUUAUCACUAGAAACAGAAUGUUUAUCACCAAUUCAGUGUAAGGAUUUUAGUGUUAGUAACGUUAGUGAAUUUGGUGAAAGUGUCCUUAUGAGUGUUAAUGAGGGGUUGCUUCACACUCCUACUUACAGUGUGUUACCUGAGGCCAAUGAGAAUAAGUUCCUGACUUCUGUUGAUAGGCUUGUAGAGAACUUUAACUUUGAGCUGCGUAAUAGAAACACUCCCGCUGUUAAACCGGCCAGUUACCCAAAUCUUUCAACGCCUGAGGACAGUGGAUAUAAUUCACUUCAUCUAGACAAAUCAGGAGACUUAUCAUCUGAUUAUGAGGGUUCUUUCCAAGAGUUUUUUCAAAAACAUAAAGAAGAUUCCAAAAUUCCAGACAGUAAAAGAAAAGCAAGAAAGCUUGAGCGAGUUAGAAGGUUAUCCACUCUUCGGGAACAAGGCUCGCAGUCAGAGACAGAAGAUCAUCAUGGCAGUCCUUCUAAUUUGGAAUAUAUGCUAACAGAAGAAAGAAAUGUCAAUAAAGACUAUGGAGUAGUUUUAAAAGAACAGACUAGUGAAGACUUAGCUGUAAAUUAUACAGAUCUCUCCAGAACUCCAGCUCUGCAAAUAGUCCAUGAAAUUUGCUUGCAGAGGCAAAGAUCAGACCAAAAUCAAGGAUCAAAGAAUAUUGAUGGAACAGAAAUAUUUGCAUUAGAACAUGUUCUUUCUGGACUUAUUGGCAAGAAAAUGGGCCUUGAAAAAUUAGAUAUUUUAACUGAAUUAAAAUACAGAAAUUUAAAACAUGUUCUUGCUAUAGUUUUAGAUGCCUUGACAGUAGAAAGUCUCUGCAGCAUUUGGAAAGUAAGCAAAAACUGGCGUGAAAUCAUUGUACAAGAUAAAAGUGCGGAUAGGAGGAGAAAGUCGUACAUAAAACAGCUGAAGGAAGAAGCUGGGGAAUAUCUCUUGAAAGCUGAAGAUGCUGCCACAAGACUUAAUGUUCUCAACAGAUCUGCUCUGAGGCCUGUUCAGGCUCAAGCCAGAACUCCUGUACAAACACCACCUUCUCAUAUUGAACUUACUCCCAGGAGAUGCAAUUCUGUCCCCCAAUUAACUAGUAGACAGGAAGAAUACGUAAAAGCUGCUAGAACUCUGUUCACCGACGAAGCUCUGAAACCUUGUCCAAGAUGUCAAUAUCCUGCUAAGUAUCAAUUGGUAAAGAAACGGGGGCUAUGUAGUAGAGAGGCCUGUGCAUUUGAGUUCUGUAUUUUAUGUCUGCAUUCUUUCCAUGGGUCAAAAGAAUGUAAUAGUUUAUCUGCAAAACGGAAGAACAAAGAAGAUGCUCCUCCAGGAAGUGCCCAAAGCAAAAGAAAUCUAAAAAGACUUUAAAUUUGUAAGGCAUGCAAGUCCUUACAUUUGAUUCCUUUCUACCUUCUCCUAACUUCCCAGUCUUGUUCAUAUUCUUAAGUAUGUACAUUUUGAAAGUCUAAUUUGAUGUGUUUUUGCUGAUUUAUCAAGAUAACUUGUCAUACAUGUAUGUAUCUUAAUCAGUUCAGUAUAUUUUAUGUUUAUGAAAAAAGUGAGUAUUUUAAAACAUUUUGUCUUGUUUUACCUGUUAUGUAGUAGUUAGGCACUUACUAACAUCUUAAUUAUUCAAUAAAGUAUCUUAAAUGUAGUCUUCAAUAUCUAGCUUACAGCAUCUCACAGGUGUUUAAAAAUGUGAUUCUUGUCUUAAUGACAAAUUAAA